AUGUCGGAGGAUGGAACGUCAUCAUCGCACGCGCGAAGCCGAUACCGUAAGAAGCCAGCGGACAAAGUCGACGACGCGCGGCUCUACGUGCCCGAGGCCGCGCCCAAGAAGCCGACGCCCCGCGGCAAGCAGUCCAAGAAGGCCAAGGACAACGAUCUCUCUGGCCGCAUGCAAGAGGCCAUGUCGAUGGACGGCCACGAGAUCGACGAGCAGCGGAAGAGCCGCGAGUUGCAUGUGCAAAAGCAGCGCAAGCACCGCAAGACGACAGAGGACGAGCGCAAGAAGCGCGAGCACGCGCAAGCGCUCAUGAUCAAGCGCGUCGAGAAGGAGACGAUCGAGAAGCUUUCACGCGCCGAAGUCAUGUUUUCGCUCUUGCAGGAGCACAAGCAGACCAAGCCGCCGACCAAGACCGCCUCACCGACAACGCACGCGACGACUCGGGCGCACGACGAAGGCUACCCGUUUGGCUUCAACCCCGCGGGCGUGCAGCCCGACGAGCUCCUGCCGCGCAUCAAGCGCUGGGAAGAGCACUUGAAGCGCCUCCUCGGCGCGCCGCGGACGCCGCAACCGUAUGCGAUCGUCAGCGACCACGAGCGCGGCAUCAACUGCCUCCGCUUGGCUUGCCGCGACGCCUACGUCGAGCUCCUGCUCCGCCACCCGGACGUGGCGCGGCGCAUGGACGUCAACGAGCGCUUGUGGAUGAACUGGUACCGCGAGAUUGACGGCGCGCAAGCCGCGUUCCGGGCCAACGGGUCGUCGCUGCCGGUGCGCGAUGCGCUCGCCGCGCUCCUCGCGACGUGCACGAGCUUUUACCACAAGCUGCUCGGCGCGCUCCAGGCCGCGUCCUCGGCGCCGCUCGCUGUGCACGCGACGCUCGUGGCGCUCGGCGACCUCUCGCGGUACGCGCAGGGUCUCUUGCCCAAGGCCAGCCGCAACUGGGCGCUCGCCGCCGUGCACUACAAAGAAGCGCUCUCGCAGCUGCCGUCGAACGGCAAGGUCUUCAACCAGCUCGCGCUGCUGGCGCUCCACAACAACAACAGCUUUGAAGCGUGCUACCUCUACGCACGCAGCCUCGCGGUCACGACGCCGUUCCGCGCGCGCGAGAACUUGAUGACGACGCUCUCGAAAGCCGAAGAAACCGGCCGCAAGCACCUCCGCGACUUGGACGGUCUCGGCGUCUUCAAGGCGCGCUUCUUGGUCGGCGCAUCGAUCCUCUACUCGGGCGUGGAUGUGGUUGCGCGCGCCGACGCAUUCACCGCGUGCGUCGAGUCGCUCGCCGCCGUCGUGCCGCUGGGCGGCGCCUCCACGUCGUCGCUCUUGCUGCAGACGAUGCUUUUUUCGUUGUUUCUCGUGCACAACACCCAGGUCGCGAUCGGCCACCCCGAGAUUCAAGACCCGUGCUUCGACACCGAGUGGCGGCACUGGCAUGACCACGAGGUCGUCCACGUGGCGCUGCGCUGGAGCUUUCGCUUGACGAGCGUGCUCUUGCUCGCGAUGGCGCGGUCGCCGACCGACGCGUUGCUCCAGACAUGUUUGCCCAGCGUCACGAUCGUCCUUGACUGGCUGCGCAGCCACGCGUGGUUUUUCGAGUGGAAAGACGAUAGCGUCGUCGAGCUUCAAGCGGCGCUAAUGCAGCUCGUGCCGGUGCUCCACGCUAAGAAGGAUGCGCUUCUGCACGACCAUUGGGACGGGCACCGGGCGCCGGUGCCCGAAGAUCUCGAACUCCGCGGGUUUCUCCCAUGCGCGGCCGCGCUCCACCGCCGCGUCGGUUCGGACACGCGCCUCGUUGACGUGGAUGACGCGCCGUUGUCGCUCUACGUGGCGCGCGCCCUGGGCUUUGUCGACUUCGCGACGGACCUCGACUGGAUGCGGCCGGUGGUCCUACCGCGGGUGCCGCCGUCUCUCUCGGUCGUGACGGCUGUCGACCGACUCUGCCCGCAGUGCUCCAACUCGAUCGUGCGCUUGCCAUGCGGGUUUUGCGGCUACGAAAGCGACGAAGCGGAUGUCGCGCCGCGGGUCUCUGCCCGUGCGCUCACGCCAGGUCGUGGCGUCCUCGCCAACGUCAACCUUAAUGUCGCCAAACCGACCAAACCGAAGCGACCGUCGCAGCUGCGCCAACGGCCGGUCCCGACCUUUGGCGGCUGCGGGUACGCGUCUCCGAACGACCCCAAGUGCCUCAUCGUCGUCGACGCGGCCAACGUGGCCAUGCGGCACGGUCUCAACGCCCGCUUCUCGUGCGCAGGCAUUCGGCUUGUCUUUGACUAUUACUUGGCGCGCGGCCACAAAGUGCUGGCGUUCUUGCCCGACUACCUCCUCCGCUACGAGUCGGUGGGCGCGCAGAAGCGCAUGGCCGGCGCGGGCUACGACGUGAGUCCGAGCAAGCUCCCGGACGAUGUGGGCUUGCUCCAGAGCAUGGUGCUCGAAGGGACCGUGAUUGCGACGCCGCCCCAAGACUAUGACGACUCGUACUGCAUUCAGUACGCCGGGCGCCAUGACGGCUGCGUCGUCACCAACGACCUCUUCCGCGACCACGUGGAUGGCCUCCAGGGCACGGGCCAGCAAAAGGCCGCGAUGCGCCAGUGGCUCUCGGCGCACUGCAUCUCGUUCACGUGGGUCGGCGACGAGUUUCUACCCAACCCCGACUUUCGGUUCCCCCAACCCUCGCCGCUCGAGGAUGCCAUGUAG